ACGAGCUGCCCAGCUGCCCUAGCACUCCUCUGAAUCUUCAAAAGGUGCCCCUCGGUAGAAUUUCCAGGCGCUCUUUCCGCGCAACAGGAUCUCGCUUUCGCCCAAUUGGCCGGUCAGUCAUCAUGGCUGUAACUUCUCCAGCUGAGCCAGCAGAGCGGCAGAGGGGUUUCUGGCGGGAAAAGAAGGGCCGCCGAGUGUUGAUAAUAGGAUCAAUUCUGGCUGUCAUUCUCAUUUUGGUGGUGGUCCUCGGCACCGUUUUCGGAAUUCGAAAUUCGCAUCGCAAAGCACCUGAUUCCAUUGUUGGCGCAGAAGAGGACAGGGAACCAGGCGCAUUCCCUCCUUCUGUGCUCACUUCCACGGCGCCCACUUCCCUGACACCCACCUCCACCGCGUCCCAUCGCCCUCCAACCCCGACUUCAGUAAAGCCAAAUUUCGGGGUUGGGUAUGGCACCUCCAGUGGCCCAGGGUCGCUCGUGCUCUGGCAGGUAGGAGAAAUGGGCCAGCUGUCGUGGAAAGAGCCGGAGGCCGAAUGGCAAACAGCAGACGCAGGGCGGCCAUUCAAGAUUGCUCCCGUCGUCGUUGCCACCGCCGAGGAUGAACGCGCAGCCAUUGCCGUCGAUCAGCAGGGCUACGUGGUGUGCUUGUGGUACCAAGACGGCUCCUGGGGUUCCGAGGACGGGUUGUGGGUUGAGCUUGGCCGGGCGGGCGAUGUGACUCGGCUCGGCUUCACGACUCGACCUGCCGCCAUCUCGCGAGCUGAAGGGCUCAUCGACGUGUUUGCCGUCGAUGGCCGGAAACAACUUGUGCAAAUUCACUUCGACGGGACAGAGUGGGGUGAGUGGGAACUCGUCAGCCCCUCUGUUGCUGGCAAAGUCACCGUUACCUCCUCGAGCGAGGACCGCAUCGACGUCUUUUCCUCGACAGAUAAAAGCGUCGACCACAAGUUCUGGACUCCGGAGGGGUGGUCGACAGGUUGGGAAAAUCUUGGAUAUCCGGACGACAGAUACGGCGGAGGAGGUUUCCCGAUCGCGGCAUCCUUCGAAGGCAUCAACGAUGAAGGCGAACCAGUUCUGCGGAUGGACGUGGUUGUGGCGGUAGAGAGCAUCGGUACUUUGCACAAGCCAUAUCUUCCAAACGGCGAAUGGGAUGAGGAUUGGCACAUGCUCUAUGCGAGCCAUGAAGGCUACGAAUUCGCAAACGCCCAGGUUGUCGUUGCAGGUGGUCCGGACGCGCCGGUCAACCUCUUCUCUCGCGGCACGGACGAUUGCAUACACUACAACUUGUUCAAUGGAACUGGCUGGGCUUAUUGGAAGUACCUGUGGUGCUAUCCGGAGCUGCGAGGGAGUUCCGGCCUGCCCGACUACCCGACGCACGACCUCGCCAUCGCUGCCGUCAGCCUGGGAAAUGGCAUCGUUGACGUGGUCCAAGAGACCGUGACGGGUGAACUCCUCCACCUGGCAUUGCAGGUUCCCGUGGAGGGACAGUCAUAUCCGAAUGAUUGGACGUGGGAUAGCCUUGGAAAGCCAGGGUCAUAGAGAAGCACGGGAAUACGAUGGCAUGAU